CACAGAGCAGUGAUGUCAUGGAAGGUCCCUCAGUGGAGUACAUAAAGACAGUAGAGUGAUGAGGAAAUGCAACAGAUUCAAAACGCGAGCGUCUGCGACAGAGAUGGAAGGGAAGCUGCUGUUUAUCGUCUUCAUACAACUCAUGCAAGUUUCACUUGCAGUAUGGCAGCGUGUGACUGUGAUGAAAGGUCACACACUCCACUUAAAGUGUCCACUCUCCAGUGCUAACAAGGCACACGUGGACUGGAAGACCCCCGAAGGUUACACUAUGUUCUUCAACAACAAACAAGGUGAAGAUGACAUCUCUUCAUUAAAGGACAAACGCUACAGCAUCAACAAACUGACUGAAUCCGAAUUUUCCAUCAGUAUUUCCAAUGUCACUUUUAAAGAUGGAGGCAAUUACACAUGCUCUGAAUAUAAGCAAAACGUCGAAGAGAAGACAGUGGAGGUGACGGUGUUAGAACGUCCCAAAUUGUCAGUGACGAAGCACAAUGGAAAGACGGUGGUAAAAUGCACCGGUGAGGCGAACCACUUUCCUCCCCAACUCUCCUGGAAGUUUGAUCAGGACCCUGAAUUUCUUGCUGAUAUCCAAGUCCAUCAUGAAAGAAAAAAAUACACCUCAAUUGGGAUGCUGCAUGUUUUUCCGGUGAAGGACAGAAUCACGGUGAAAUGCCUCCUUCGCCACCCAGCACUCCACUCACAGCCUCUGUUUAUGUUCGUGUACGUUGGACGAAAAACAAAAACGCCCAGCCUCACAACUACGACCAGUCCGCUCUCAGCUCAGACUCAAGGGUCAACAGGGACGCCGGGGUCCACACCCGUCGGACGUGACAGCACACCAGUGUAUUCCACGACUGGAAUUGACAUGAAUGGGACAUCAUCAGAGAGCUCAGCUGUUAACAGCAGUGAUUCAACGAGUGUUAGUGCACCCACCAGCAUUCCUCUGAACACUAGUGAUUCAACCACAACGAGCAACAACACCAUCGACGGCGCAAACAGCACAACAGACCGGUGGUCUAUAUCCAAGACAACAGAGGACAUCUUCAGUGAUAAUAGUACAGAGGGAAACAGAACAGGGAGCCUUGACCUAAAUAAGCACACAGGAACUAAAGGAAGUUCGGGCUUAUUGGUCUUCCUGGUGACAUUCCUGAUUUUCUGUCUUCUCAUCGUGGUCAUUUUUUUCGCCAUCAAGCUGAAGAGAGCGCACAUGGCCUGGAAGAAAGAGAAUGAAGACUCCAAUCCAUCGGAGGAGAGCAGUAAAUCUAAAUCAAGCCAGGAGGACAAGAAAUCCCAAGGACAAAGGAGAAGAGGAGUCUUCAACACAGCAUUCACACAGUAUGUGGUCGAAGAACCAACGGUGAUAACUUCCGUGGUGAACACAGCUGCAAUGACAGCGGCAAACAACGUAAAAAAAGAGCAGACCCCUCAACCUCAAAUGGCGGCACAAACAUCCGUCAAAUGUGACAUGAAGGAGACAUCUCUCUAAGAGUCUAAAAAAGCGCCUUAAUGAGCAGAUGUUCACAGAUGGGCUUUUUUUUUUUUUUUACUUCACUUUUAGGAGUGUGAAAUAUUACACCAAACUGAUAAAAAAAUGUACCACACACUUCCCUUGGCUCUGAGCCUCAGUUGUUUAGAGUCUUGGAUCCUGUUAGAUGUUGGAAACAUUUUGAGAUUUUGCACUAUGUUGACUUUUUUAUUUUUUUUAUUUUUAAUUGCAUAUUUUUUCAACAUUUGUGAGCUGCACGUGCAUGACACCAAGCAGCUCUAUUGCAUCUCAAAAAGCCGUUGAAGGGAACGUUACCCACCAUUGCUCCGCCACCACCGCCUGUUUCUAACCUACUUUCUGCAACACCAGUGGAAAUGGUGAUUCGCAGACCAGAGCUGAAGAUACCACCUGGAUGAGAAGUGAAACAACUUCAAGAAAACUCAAACAAGUCCAGGUCCCUUUGUUUUAGCUUUGUUGUGGAUGUAACCAUGACCUGGAUGACAAAGAACUUUCACAGACCAGUUUUCAACUGUCUACAGUACAUGGGCAGUUUCGGAAACAUUCUGCUCACUGCUGCUUAUCUGCUACCAACAAGUUUUUACAUUGCACUGUGGCCACAUGAUUGGCUAGCUGUAUAAUGGUUUGAAUGAGCUGACAUACUAAUGAUGUGCUUGAAGAGUCUUACGUUUACAUGGAACAUUAUGUGAUAGCACAUUGCUUGUAACUUACUGUACAGUAUGAAUUCUGUAUUAAUGUAUAUAUAAUUUUGUACAAGAAUAAAUUAUAUUUUGCUAC